AGCGGCUCCAGAUCUCUAUGGUCAGAGAGAGCCAUGGCAUUUCCUGUGAGUGUAAACAGAGCCGUCGGGCUGCCAUGGCCUCGUCCUUUAGGUGAGGGGGAAAGAGCGGCCGCCGGAGCGCUCUCUCCAUGAACCAGCAGCCGCUCUGCGCCGCGGGAGAACUGGGCGGUGAGGCAUGAGGCGCUGGUGUUAGCGAGCGAGCUACCAUGGACGUGGGUUCAAUGCUGUACAACAGUUUGAAAGAUGUGACCUGGAGCUCCACCACUCUGCCCCUGGAUCGGCUGGUCAGCGCCUACAGACUCCCGCAGAUUGUGAAGCUGGACGGCGGGGAAUCGGUGGAAGGGCUAAGAGAAAAUGACUACCUCUUGAUUCAUUCAUGUCGGCAGUGGACCACGAUUACUGCUCAUAGCCUGGAGGAGGGCCAUUAUGUCAUCGGACCGAAAAUCGAGAUCCCUGUCCAUUAUGAGGGCCAGUUCAAACUGUUGGAGCAGGACCGGGACAUUAAGGAGCCUGUGCAGUACUUCAACAGCGUGGAAGAAGUCGCCAAAGCAUUCCCUGAGCGAGUCUAUGUCAUGGAGGAAAUAACAUUUAAUGUUAAGAUGGCCUCAGGUGAAUGCAAUGAGGACACAGAGGUCUACAACAUCACUCUAAGCACUGGAGACGAGUUAACUCUUAUGGGCCAGGCCGAGAUCCUCUACGCCAAAACGUCAAGGGAAAAGUCACGCUUCAACACCAUCUUCAAACGCAUCGGCAAGCUCAACUCCAUUGGCAAGCUCGGCCGUGGCAAGAUGCCGUGCCUCAUCUGCAUGAACCACCGCACUAACGAGAGCAUUAGCCUGCCUUUCCAGUGCCGCGGCCGCUUCAGCACCUGCUCCCCCCUGGAACUGCAAAUGCAGGAUGGAGAGCACACCAUCCGCACAAUCGUGGAGAAAACUCGGCUGCCUGUGAAUGUUACAGUGCCCAGCAGUCCACCGCGCAACCCACAUGACCUGCACCUGAUCCGUGAGGGCCAUCGCUAUAAACUUGUUAACAUCCAGACUAAGACGGUGGUGGUGUGUUGCGUGCUGCGCUCCAACAAGGUGCUGCCUGUGCACUUUCCUUUGCAUGUGUCCACUGCCCUACCGAGGUUGUUAGUGCCUGAAGGGCUGCUGCACGGGGAAGCCUGGCUAGAAACAGUGGUACAUCGAUGGUUCACUUACUGCCAGGAGCAGUUCGACAUUGACGAUUACUCAAGGGCUGUUCGGGAUGUGCGGGUGGACUGGCAGGAAGACGGUAAGAGUCCCAAGAAGAGCGGUACUGGAGGAACCGGCAGCGGUACUGGAGGUGGAAACAACAGUAGCGGCAACAUCGGUACCAAUGGCUGCCCCAGUCACGUUCACUUGCCGAGCUCUCUCAGUUCAGCUCGAGAUGAGCUAACGCAGUCCUUCCAUCGCCUGUCCGUUUGCGUCUACGGUAGCAACCUUCAUGGCAACAGCGAGGUGAACCUGCAAGGGUGCGUUAGCUUGUAUGGCGAAUAUGUGCCUCCUGAACCACCAGAUGCUGAUUAUCUGUUUCCCGAGCUGCUAGACACCACCUCAGGCCCAGGCAGUUUGUACAAACACGAUCUGCCGUAUGAGGAACUGUGGCUGGACGCAAAGAACCGUGGACCUGUACAUGAACUGACGGAAGUUGUGAGAAUAAAUGCAAGCAUCUCUAACUGCUCGUCUGCCCUGCCCUACCCCAGCGUAGGUUCUUCUAGUGCUCUCCUCAGUACAGAAAUUAAUCUACCUCCACCCCCUGUGCCUCCAAAGUCCGAAGCUGUGAAGGAGGAAUGCCGGUUGUUAAAUGCUCCUCCAAUUCCACCACGGAGUUCCAAACAAAUGGGCACAAGCUCCACAAGCUCCACAGGUGCCACCCUGCCAUUCCCUCCCACCAAGUUACGGCAGACAGACACUCGCUCCCCGAGUCCAACCCUGUCCUACUACUCCUCAGGCCUACACAACAUAGGAGGAGAGAGAGAGAGCGAGUCGUCAAAAGAAGCAGACGACCAGAACCACGUGUGUUAUCCGUGCAACUGGAUUCGACCUGACGCCAAAGAGAGCACCAAACUGCACCCCUGCCUCAGUCCCUCCAUGGAUGCCGCGCUCUCUCGUCUGUCCUGGCCCAACAACUUUUGUGGGGCUGAGCUACACAAGGCAGAGGACUUUGCAUCAGUCCAUUGUCGCAGUUACUCCAGCUACCCCAGAAAAAGGACCCCCGGUACCCCCAAGGCUUGUUCCUCGGGUCUCUUUGACUUCAACAAAGGGGAGAGGUCUGAGGGAAGUGCUGCAGCCACAAAAGCCCAACAGUCUGCUCAGUUUUGUACUAAAUCUACUAGUUAUACCCUGGAAAUGUACAGAGACAAACCCAUCGAGGAAUGUAACACUAAGCAAAGCCAGUCCUGCCCUAUAUUGCCACCAAGAACCCCCAAAUCCUGUGAUGCAAAGAAACAUAAGGAAUGUCCGUCGACAACAAUAACCAGUGUCGACACCACAGAACUUCAGGUGGUAAGCUGCUUGCCCGAGACCCCACAAGAAGAAGCUACUGGGUUGCAUUGGCAACCACCAAACAACCUAGCAGGCCUUUCCAUUGAAGAGGUCUCCAAGUCACUACGGUUCAUUGGGAUGUCCGAGGAUGUGGUUGCUUUGUUUGUCAACGAAAAAAUUGAUGGCAAUUUGCUUCUGCAACUAACGGAGGAGAUUCUAUCUGAGGACUUUAAGUUAAGCAAACUACAAGUGAAGAAACUUAUGCAGUUUAUUAGCGGCUGGAGGCCCAAAAUGUAAGCUUGAACAAAAAACAGUCAAUGGCAAAACAUGCAAUGUGCUGCAGAAAGCAGAUUCUAACACCUUGGCCUUCAGUAUUCCGUCAAACUGUUUUGUAUCUAUAUGCUAUGCACAGUCCAAAGUCUUGUAAUGAUUUCCCCUGGUUUGUAAAAAAAAAAAUAUGUAUAUAUAUAUAUAUAUAUAGGGUGCUUUGUGUAUUAACUUUCACAUCUUUACUUGUACCCUUGUCUGUAUAAUCUUUCUCUGUGACCGUACGGUACCUGCACAAUGAACUUAACACUUUGCUCAAACCCAAAGCCUUGACAAAUAUGAAUUUUGACCCAACCUAAUUAUGCCUUCUCUUCUCUUGGUUGGUGAUCAAUAAAUAUUAACAAACCCUU